GUAUGUGUUCUCGAGUCAGUGUGGAGGAAAGAGUACGAAGAUUGGGUGUAGUGCGAAGAAAACGGCUGAGGACUUCGCGCUGGGAUGGGGUGACACGGAGAUUUCUGAUAUAUCCAUUUCGGCUGAUAUUAUCAAGAAAUGCUCGGUGGUGAGCGUCGGGGAAUCGACAAGUAAAUUGCUGGGCGCUGCUUAUGAUCCUGCUACGAGGCAAAGGACUAUCAUGAUAUCCUCAUCGAAGACUCCCAUAGUAUGUUCUGAGGUAGCCGAAGCCCCUAUAGAUAUGGAUUUGCUGGGAGAGUAUCAUAUUAUCACUAAGUGUGGUGAAAGGGACGCAGUUGUUAAGUGCACUGAACCGGGGGCUGCUGUGAAGUUGGCUCGGUUAUGGGGGUCUUAUUCGAAUUCUGAGAUUCAAAUUGACAAGUCACUUCUGGUCAAAUGCACUGUUCCGUCGGGUACGAAGGCUCUGGUGUAUGAAGUGGCUGAGGAUGGGCAGUGGAAGGGGACGACUAGAGCUUGGGUCACUGAACAAAAAGGGCUUACUUGCGCUACCCCAGUGCCUGACUUGAAAUUCAUUGGUGAUGAAAUUUUGGUGAGGACGACGUGUGGAGCGGAGGUUUUGGAGAUGAGCUGUGGAGGGCUGGAGGGCAUAAAGGAAACUAUGAGGAUUGUCACUAGAUGGGGCGAAAACCCGAAUCCUAAGGUGUUAAAACGAGAGGUGGUCGACAGCGAUGAGGACCCUGUGUAUAGAGAAUGGCAUUUCUGGAUUGAACUCGAGUUCAAACCAACGCGAACUGAAUGCCAAGAUACGGAGUGUAUCGUCUACGAUCAUCUAGACUGUGGGGAUGUGGCGACGACGUUGUUCCUGUCGAAGUGGUGGCUUGGGAAUACUGAUGCUAGGGUGAGGAUAGACGACCCGAUCAUGGAGCACUGUGGAGGGCCUGUGGGAGCAUCUAGGCUCGUGGACCAGCGAGAACUACCGUAUGACGCGAAGGAUCCUCUAGAGUGUAACGCGGUGACACUGCCUAUCAUGAUGGAUGCUAGCAAUGGGUAUGUGGUGACAGCGGACUGUGGCCCUAGGAGGGAUAGUGUCACCAUGGUUACCUGUGAUGGGCUCGAAUGGGCACAGCUCUUUGCUCAUGGUUGGGGGGAUAUGGAGAAAGCAGGAGUGGCGCUGCCGACUGAGGUUAUAGAGAGCUGUAAGCAGGGCUUGAUAGGCGAUCGAGAGGUUGAGCUCACUGGAGCUUACUAUGAUGAUGAAACACGAUAUUUGAUAUUCGCUUCGAUGGAAUCUCCGAUAGAGUGUGGCGCCGUGGUGGAAGCUCCUGAGGAUAUGGAUUUGGUUAAUGAGUUCCACGUGAAGGUUGACUGUGGAGGAAAGGACGGAGUUAUUUUGAGAUGUGAUGAUGCUGGCAGUGCGGUGACUAUGGCGUUCCAGUGGGGGAAGUACCCGAAACAAGAGGUUCGGGUGAGCAGUGAGUUACUACUGCAGUGUGACGAUCUACCCAAUGGACAAGUACUGGACGAUUUGACCUACGAUGUUGGCAUGGACGGCAAGUGGCAGGGAACACCGAGACGUUGGGGCGAUGCUGUGUGUAGUACACCAGUACCGGACUUGGUCUUUAGAGGGGACAGGAUAUACAUCAUAACGGCUUGUGGACACUCUAAGGAGGAGAUCUCGUGUGGUGGACUUGAUAGUGUUGGAACUAUGCUGAGGAUAGCUGCUCGGUGGGGUGAACACCCGGACCCUAGGAUCAUGAUAGAUGGAUCGGUGGUUGAACACUGUAAGGAUGUGGAGAACUUGAAUGGAGGGACUUUGACUGAGGCCUGGAUUACUGCUGCUAUUGACGGCAAAGUCUCGGGCAGAUUCCUCAAGACUACUACUGCAUACGACUGUUACUAUGGUGUAAGGGAGCCACUUGUGGUCGAUGGAGAUUCUAUCAAUAUGAUGACUAAGUGCAGUGGAGUGCAGUCGGAAGUGUUGGUCCAGUGCGAUGAUAGCAGCGCUGUGGAAUUCGCCGAGAACUGGGGAGGUUUCGAUGGGAGUGCAGCGAUCGGUCUCGAUGGGUCGAAGUACGAUUCCUGCAAAGUGAAGCCAGUGGGUAGGGAGGAAUAUGAGAGUAUCAGCGUAGUGCUCAUGGACUUGGCCACCAAAGCGAAGAUGAUGCAAUUUGGAAGCGAUGACACUCCGGUGGUUUGCAAGUCGACUAGCACGACGCCUCCGGUUGUGAUUGUGAAGAAGGGCACGACAACUGCUAUAUAUCGAUUCAGCUUGGAGUGCGCUGCUGGUGAAGUGACAGUCUCAUGUACAGAGGCUGGUGACGCGGUGGACCUGAAUACCUUCAUGGGCUUCCCUACUCGAGAGGUUGCAGUACCAGAAACGACUCAGUGCAAAAGCAAGCAUGGUGUGAAUCCUCUGAGUGCUACCAUAGAAAUCGCUGCUGACGGGUCGGAGGGGUUGAGGUACCUCACGUGGCCUAAGGAGUACAUAGUGGAACAUGAACCAAAGCCUGAGGUUCCCUCUCUACCUGUUACCCCAGCAUCGAGUCCUUCUCGGGGGCCUAGUUUCGAGAGCUCUGCUCGAGCCAACUAUGGGGGAUUCCGCAAUUCUGAAGGAGCAGAUAACGUCCUUUCCACGAGAGCGGUUCCCACCUCUGCGGCUAUCCCCACUACAACAACUCAGACACCGAGUGGGCAUCAGCAAGGAGGAGGAGGAGACAGUCGGCCAAGACACAGAGCGACUUUGGAGAUCAGUGAUAAGCAUCAUCGACGAGGACGAGGCUAUCACGUGAAGCCCACUCGUGUUGGGAAGCAACACCCACAUGCAAACACACAACGUAGAGGCGGCCACCAUGGGAAACCAUCUAACAACAGGGUGUUCCCACGGAGAGCGGAAAACCAUGGUAGGGGAACCAUACCACGCCUUCCUCACUUCGGCCAACUACCUAGCUUCAUCGAAAUCGGGCCGGGCUCGAACUCGGAGUCUCGUAAAGCCGUUCGCCCUAUGACUGGUGAUCCCAUUUAUCGAGAUUGGUAUUUCGGGAUUGACAUUGACUAUGUCGUGAGUGGAUGCUCUUCUGGAGAGAACUGUGCUGUUGUUGAACAUCUCGACUGUGGGAGUGUCGAGAACACUUUGUAUGUUGCCACUUGGUGGGGUGGCAGGAAGAAUUCCAGGAUCCGCAUAGACGAUUCCAUCAUGGAGCAUUGUGGAGGUCCAUUGGGUGCAUCGAGGGUGGUCGGCCAACGGGAGCUACCGCUCGAUCCAGCAAGGCCUCUCUCGUGUGCGCCGGUCACAACACCUAUCAUCAACCGUGGUGCGAAGGGCCAUGUAGUGGUUGCUUACUGUGGACCACAGUUCAAGGAGAGGCACGAGGUUCGAUGUGACGCCUCUAUUUGGGCUCAGCACUUUGCUUACGGCUGGGGUGACUCUGACAAUAGCGGAUUGGACAUAUCACCUGACCUUGUUAAGGCAUGUCGAAAGGUCACAGUAGAGCAUAUAGAUAACCUUCACACGCUGCUGUCGGCGUCGCUGAAGGGUGCCACGAUAAGGCCUGGUAGCAGCAAUGACGGAAAUAACUUCAGGACUAAAAGGGAACUCAAGUUAACGUUCCACGUGUCACCAUAUCGAUAUGAGCCCUCUAUAUUCCAUUAUCAUUGUGAACGUGUGACUACUGCGGUGGAGAUCCCUGAACAGCCCGGUGCCCCACGAGUGGCCUCCGUCAGAGCCCUCUGUGAUUUCGAUGACUCCCAUAAGGCCUUUGUGAAGUUGGAAUGCCCUGAGUCGGCAGCUAUCACAUUUGCUAUCAAAUGGGGAGGAUUUUCCCAGCGUGCGGUUGGUCUUGGUCCUGAGAUCAUGUCUCAUUCGACCAAAACUAAGAACGCUCCUGGCGUGUUCGUCUGCGAUAAGGCGGAAGCCAAGAUUGUACAGACUGAGGACCUGCAGUUCACUAUAACCGUAUCGUGUCCGUCGCAUAUCGUGGACUCGAGAGCCCAGGCGAAUGCUGAGGCUGGGCUAACAGUUUACUUUGAUGACACCUACGCUGCUAUCGGCUUCCUAGUUAGAUGGGGAAGAGUUACCGAUGCCAAGGUUGAGUCAUACUACGCCACUAAGUUCACUUCACCCGCUCCACAGGUGACCGUCAAGAAUUCCCUCCCAGAAAUACACGUUGAUAACCACAUUUGCAGUUGUCCAGCCAAAGCCCCUAUAGUGUAUUCCCCUCGAGGGGAGGCUCGAGUGACCUUCUCGAGCAAGCCACUGAUCACAGUCACCUACAAGGACCGUAUGGUUGCUAUGGCGGCUGCUAUGAUUGCCGGUCAUAGGCUGUCGGAAAUUGUAUUGGACACUAACAUCACUCACCAUGUCACACACAUUAGUGUUGAUGAUAAUGUUUAUAUGGGGAAGGAGGAAGAGCAUCCUCUCAAGCGUGUGGCGUUGCUCAUUUCUGGCGAGCACAACAAAGUCGAUGAUCACAUUAUUGAGAUGCUGCGCCCUGACCUGGUAAGUGGUCCUCUGGAAGACUUCGGCCUAAGACGGUAUCAUUCUGUGGCCUACAACUGUGGUCGGCAGUCCGGGGUAGCUGUCGAUGGGCUGACAUACACAGUUAAAUGUGAAGAGGGUGAAGUCCCACAAGGUUCCCGUCACCAUUACUCUGCUAAUUUGACCAAUACUUCUCGCAAGGCGGUGGACAUUACUUUGAAGUUCGACGACACUCAAGCUGUGACGGCAUUCAUAUCGUUCUGGACGGACGAUCAGAGGGAUGCAGGCCCGAAUGGGGAGGUGGAUACCGGUGCAGUGGCAGCGCCACCGAUAAAUAGGCGACGGGACACUGCUAUCAUUAAUGCUGUUGAGAGACCCGAUGAGUCGAGGCUCAGCACAGGUCUUCGUGAAGUAGAUUCUCCUGAGUCGACUCCCGUUAAGACGAACACUACUCACCCGGCUAUUGUCGCUGAUGAGAGUGAGAUCGAAUCGCCAACACUCGUUGAAGAUAAGAAAGUUCGUCGUCAUGUUGUGCGGCAUAAUAUAAAUAAUGCCAACAAGUAUAGAAUGCGUGCAUCUGUGUCUGAGUGA